CUGACAGCGUGGGGGAGGGCGCUGAGGGGCUGGGGGGCAUGUCUGCUCUGCGCUGAGGUGUGUUUGCCUGGGAAUCCCGUUGUUGAGACGCGAUCCAUCCAUUAAUCCCUUACAAGCUGGGGCAUUGCUUCUUGCACUGUGCACUGAAAUAAAGGACAAGGUAAAUAGCCUUCCGACCAUGGAUUGCCAAGAAAAUGAGUACUGGGACCAUUGGGGACGGUGUGUUACCUGCCAACAGUGUGGUCCUGGACAGGAGCUCUCCAAGGAUUGUGGUUAUGGAGAGGGUGGAGAUGCAUACUGCACAGCUUGCCCCCCUCGCAGGUACAAAAGCAGCUGGGGCCACCACAGAUGUCAGACUUGCAUCACCUGUGCUGUCAUCAAUCGUGUUCAGAAGGCCAACUGCACAGCUAUCUCUAAUGCUGUCUGUGGGGACUGUCUGCCCAGGUUCUACCGAAAGACACGCAUUGGAGGCCUGCAGGACCAAGAGUGCAUACCAUGCACAAAGCAGACCCCUACAUCUGAAGUUCAGUGUGCCUUCCAGUUGAGCUUAGUGAAGGCAGAUGUACCCACGGUGCCCCCUCAGGAGGCCACACUUGUUGCACUGGUGAGCAGUCUGCUAGUGGUGUUUACCCUGGCCUUCCUGGGGCUCCUCUUCCUCUACUGCAAGCAGUUCUUCAGCAGACAUUGCCAGCGUGGAGGUUCGCUGCAGUUUGAGGCUGAUGAGGCAGCAGAGGAGGAAUCUCUCUUCCCCAUGCCACCUGGCCAGGAGACCAGCCCUGAGUCCACAGUGAGUGAGAGCACCUUUGAGAUCCAGCCACUUAACCCCAUCCUGGAGGACGACUGCAGCUCGACUCGUGGCUUCCCCACACAGGAGUCCUUUACCAUGGCCUCCUGCGCCUCAGAGAGCCACUCCCACUGGGUCCACAACCCCAUUGAAUGCACAGAGCUGGACCUGCAAAAGUUUUCCAGCUCUGCCUCCUAUAUUGGAGCUGAGAUGUUGGGGGAAAACACAGCUGAAAGCUCUGGAGACAAGCUGGAGCUCAAUGUGCCCUUUGAAGUUCCCCGCCCUUAACACUACUGAGGUGAGCUAGAAAGGUGGGGCAGAAAAACCCAAAAUUAGGGACUAACCUCAAAGAAUUCCUCUCUGGAGUGCUAUUGCUCAGUAGGGCUAAGGAAGGAUGAACAGCAGCAAGCUAGGAACACUGGUGGGUGAAAAGACAACAGUGCUGGUGUUA